UCUCCAUUAAGCCGGAUGAUACUUACACCAAGAAUUUCACCAAGGAUUUCCAAAUCUCCAUUGAGUUCGGCUGCAGUCAACGAGCAUCACAGGGGGUCAAGAGAUUUUGAUUUGAAUAGUAUGCCUAUUUGCAGCGCAGAGGACCAAGUUAAUCUGACCAUAGGUUUGGAUUAUGGUCAGCAGACAGAUGGCAAUAUACCUGAUCUACAGCUUCAAAACAGAGCACGUAGGAUACAAAAGGAAUAUCCCAAGCACACAAAGAAAGUUGUAUUUCAGUUCUUGCUUGCAAAAUCUGUGAAUGGACAAUUGAAAGGCCAUGAAACAAGAGAAGCUUCAGUUGCAUUCUCUGUGAGUAUGAGAACAGUACAACAUAUUUGGGAUGAAGGAAAGCACUGCCUGGAUCAAGGGACUGAACCAACUUUUGAGGGCAAGAGGUCAAAUCGAGGUCGCAAGAAGAAGGAAUUUGACACAUCAAAGAUUCGCGAGUUGCCAAUUUCCAAGCGUGGUACCUUGCGGGAUGUAUCCACACACAUGAAUGUCAGUGUAUCAACAGCUCAUAACAGAUUGAAGGAUGGAACCAUCAAGCGCGUCUCCAAUAGUUUGAAGCCACUGUUGACAAAUGAGAAUAAGAAAGAGCGUCUUAAGUGGUGCCUAUCCAUGUUGGAUCCUAGGACUGUACCCCAUAAUCCUGUUUUCAAAGGGCUGUUUGAUGUUGUCGUCAUCGAUGAGAAGUGGUUUUACAUUACUAAAAGGACAGCAAGGUAUUAUACGACUCCAGACGAACAACAACCGACAAGAUCAUCCAAGAACAAAAAUUUUAUUCCGAAAAUAAUGUUUUUGUGUGCUCUUGCUCGUCCGAGGUUUGAUUCCGAGGGAAACUGCACUUUUGAUGGUAAAAUCGGGUGUUUUCCUUUCGUGACUUAUGAGCCAGCUAAGAGAUCAAGUAAGAAUCGUCCAGCUGGGACAAUAGAGCUGAAACCUAUGGAUACAGUAAGAAUGGGUGUUAGUCGAGAAUAUUUGGUUAAGAAGAUCAUACCAGCAAUUCGGGAGAAGUGGCCUCCAGAGGAUGUGCACAGUCCCAUCUAUAUCCAGCAAGAUAAUGCUCCGUCCCACGUUAAUCCUGAUGAUAUAAUAUUUUGUGAAGCUGCUAAAAAAGACGGAUUCGAUAUCCGACUCAUGUUGCAGCCCGCCAAUUCACCCGACUUGAAUAUCUGUGAUUUAGGCUUUUUUAACUCUAUACAGUCUAUCCAGUACAAGACUAGCUCAAAAAGCACUGAGGAACUUGUAUCUGCAGUUCUUGAGGCUUUUGCAGAUUAUCCACCAUCAAAGUUAAAUCGCAUUUUCUUAUCCUUUCAUGCUUGCAUGAAUGAAGUGAUAAAGAUUGGAGGUGGAAAUGAAUACAAGGUUCCUCAUAUAAGAAAAGGGGUACUAGAACGACAAGACUGUCUCCCAGUGCAACUUGGCUGUGAUGCUGAAGUGGUGGCGGCUGCUAUGUCUCAAAUAUCAGAUGCUGGAUUGAUAGAUGCCGCCCCCACAUCUUAGUCGCCCUUUGAGUGAACUUGUAGUGACCCUUAAUUGCAUUUGAGAGAUAUUUCAUUGCCAUUUGCUUGAGUUUUCCCUUGCUGUGUCAAGAAUUGUGAAGCAAUGUCAAAAAUCGUGUGUGUGUCUCGCCAUGUAAUUCUCUUUAUGCUCUUGCUGCAAUGUCAGGAUGCUGUGAACCAUUCUAUACCAUAAGAGUGCAAUCAGCAGACUUAUAUAGCUGCAACCAUUAUAUAUUGCUAUUAUGUGUGUCAUUCUCUUGUCAGCUA